UGAAGAGAGAUAUAAAAGAGAAGAAAAAAAAUGGUUAAACAUGAAGAGAUGAAGAAGUGCAGAGUGAUGAAAGUAGAAUCAGAAGAAUCAUGGAAUUUCUUUAUUACUCGAGGCUGUCCUAUUGCAGUACACUUUACAGCUUCUUGGUGCAUGCCUUCGGUGGCCAUGAAUUGUUCCUUUGAGGAAUUAGCUUUGAGUUAUCAAGAUAUUCUGUUUCUUACUGUGGAUGUUGAUGAGGUCAAGGGAGUGGCUGCAAAAAUGGAGGUAAAGGCCAUGCCCACAUUUGUGCUAAUGAGCAAAGGAUGUGUUGUUGAUAAGGUUGUGGGUGCCAAUCCUGAUGAGAUCAACAAAAGGCUUGCUCAAUUUAUUUACUCUAUUCGUUCAUCCAAAACCUAAAUUAUUUUUUUAAAUUAUUAUUAAUGUAAUUUCAUAUUUUUAAUUCGAUCACAUGGCAAAUGGGUUUGUAAUUUA